AUGGCCCCGGUAUCUCUUCAUUGGAAUGAUGAUACUCCCGAGAACGUGGUUUUACUUCCUUGUCUAAAGUCAAUGACUUGGGCUAUGGAAAAUAAGAACUCAGCACCAGGAAAUAUAGUAGCUGUCAUUAACCUGAAGGUAAGUUCAAUUGUUGACAAGGCAGAUGAUGGUUUACACUUGAUCUCUGAACUUCAGGUUGUCUUUGUGCUUGUUUUUGUUGGUGCAAAUGAUGAUUUACACUUGAUCUCUGAACUUCAGGUACCGAAAAGCUUCAACUCACCUUACACCUUUUGCUUUGAAAGCAUUGUUGCUAUCAGUCAUUUAUUAUCGUCAAAGGUGAACACUGGCUCAUCUCCUUCUUCAUGA